AUAACGAUAUUUUCAACCGUUAUCAUGGACGCCGUCAAGGGCCUCACCGUGAGGAGGAGGAAAAGUGGGUCCCUGUUAUGAAGCUCGAGCGUCUGGUGAAGGAGGGCAGAAUCCGAAGCUUGGAACAGAUCUACCUCCACUCCCUUCCCAUCAAGGAACACCAAAUCAUUGACACCCUCGUGGGUGCCACCCUCAAUGACGAGGUCAUGAAAAUCACACCGGUUCAAAAACAGACCCGGGUCGGUCAACGAACCCGAUUCAAGGCCUUCGUUGUUGUCGACGACGGUAAUGGCCAUGUCGGUCUCGAUGUUAUUCGCAACAAGGAGGUGGCCACCGUAAUUCAUGGCGCCAUCAUUCUGACCAAGCUUUCCGUUAUCCUCGUUAGGAGAGGGUACUGGGGCAGCAAGAUCGGAAAGCCCUACACCGUUUCGUGCAAGGUUACGGGAAAGUGCGGGUCCUUUAUUGUGACAGAUGUUCCUGCACCUCGGGGUUCGGGAAUCGUGGUGGCUAGGGUUCCCAAGAAGGUGUUGCAGUUCGCUGGAAUUGAUGAUGUCUUCACCUCCUCUAGAGGAUCCACCAAGACCCUUGGCAACUUCGUUAAGGUUUGUGUUGUUUUCUCUUGCAAGUUAGUCUCUUUAAUCUGA